AUGGGAAUGUAUCCAGAAGAAGAAGUUUCAAGCCAGAUGGAUUCCAAAAGAUCCUUGUUUUCUUCAACACCAGAAUCACCCACCACCAGCAGACCAAGCAGCAUGGUGAUUAAGAAAGUUCACAGAGUAAUUCCAGCACACAUAGUAGCAGAAGCAAUAUCAUCACUCCAUGGACUCGACCUGCGAUGGUCUGGUCCAAUCACUCCAACCGAAAUGCAAUACGUAGAACAAUACGUUGUCGCGAAAUACCCAGAGUAUUCAAACGUCGAAAAAGGAGAUCAACGAUCAGGAAAUCUCAAUGAUCUUUGCAUUAAAGAUGAACCAUCCGAUAUCCCACCAGAUUUCAAAGGAAAAUCACCUCGUCCAACAUCAUCAUCAUCGAAUUGUAAUCUCCCUGAUAUGGAUCAAACACGAUUAGAACCAUCAAGAUUACUCGAUAUCCUAUCGAAAAAGUCAUCCUUUCUUGGCAGUUUCAUCUCCAUACCCGAAAUUCAAGCUCAAAACAGAGUAUUAAAACAUUGUGGUUUACCCAAUGAAGAAUACUUAGUUUUGUUCACUCAAAGUUAUAAAGAUGCAAUGAUGUUAGUUGGAGAAAGUUACCCGUUUUUUAAAGGGAAUAUUUACAUGUCGAUAUUAUCGGAAGAAGAGGAUUAUAUAAGGGAAUUCGCGAGUUAUAAGGAAUCGAAAGUGAUUCAUGCACCAGAGAGCUGGUUGGAUUUGAGGAUAAAGGGAUCGCAACUUAGUCAAUAUUUUAGAAGGAAAUGUAAACAUACACCGAAAGGUUUGUUUUGUUAUCCGAUUAAAGGGAAUGAAAGUUCGUAUAAUUCGAUGCAUUGGAUAUCGGAAGCGCAUCGGAAUUCGUGGCAUGUUUUGUUGGAUGCGACAAAUUUGGUUGUCGGAGAAGAUCAGUUGAAUAUUGUUCUACAUCGGCCGGAUUUCGUGUUGUGUAGUCUUUAUAAUAAUAGUAAUACAAAUAAUUCUGGUUCUUCAAAAAUUACUUGUCUUCUUGUUAGAAGAAGAUCUUUUGAUUCUACAACAACUUCUCUUUCAGGCAACAAAUGAGGUAGUUUUAUUUGUA